AUGGACAGCCAAAACUCGGAGUUGGUGAAGCAACAGGUGCAGGCGGAACUCGCCAACGCUUACGCCCAGGAAUUCUUCACGACGGUGAGGGAGAAGUGCUUCGCGAAGUGCAUCACGAAGCCCGGCCCCAGUCUGAGCAGUGGCGAGGCCACCUGCGUGUCGCGGUGCACGGACAGGUACGUGGACGCGACUCGCAUGAUCUCGGGGGUGGUACUCCAAGCGUACAGUUCUGGUCAGGGUGGCGUGUAG